AUGGAACGGGGGCCCCCAAAACCAUCAUCCUAUCUGAGGACUGAAGGAGCCCGGCAUUCUCAUGAAAGACAUCUUGUGACUACAGAAGAACCCCGAGUGACCGUUGAUGUAGCAAACCAGGGCCACGUGGGUGCGUCUCUGGUCGUGGGCGGAGUAGACGUGACAGGACCGCAGCUCUACAGCGUGCACCCCCAUGGCUCCUACAGCCGCCUGCCCUUCACGGCCCUAGGCUCCGGCCAGGAUGCGGCCUUGGCGGUGCUGGAGGACCGGUUCCAGCCGAACAUGACGCUAGAGGCUGCACAGGGGAUGCUGGUGGAAGCCAUCACUGCAGGAAUCCUGGGUGACCUGGGCUCCGGGGGCAGUGUGGAUGCAUGUGUGAUCACAGAGACCGGUGCCAAGCUGCUGCGAACCCUGAGCUCUCCCACAAAGCCCAUAGAAAGGCCCGGCCAGUACCACUUUGCCCCUGGAACCACAGCUGUCCUUUCCAAGACAGUGGUGCCACUGCCCCUGGAGCUGGUGGAGGAAACUGUGCAGACCAUGGAGGUGGAGUGAAAUAGGCUGAGCCUUAGAGCUUGGAACAAGGGGGAAUAAAUGCAGAAAAUACAAACA